UCCCUCAUCUCCUCCACCACAUCCUCCCCUUCCCCUCACCAGGCUGCAGCCCCUCGGCCCCCACCUCCUCGGUGCUUGUCUCCUGCCUCUCUCCCUUAUCAUUCUCAUCCUGCCGGUUUCUGCCACACCUCUUCCCCGACCUUUGCUCCUCGCUCCAGCUUUGUUUUCCUCUGGACCGGAGACUCACAGGCUCACUUUCACUCGCCGCUCGCCAUGUGCACGGGAAAGUGCGCCCGCUGCGUGGGGCUCUCCCUCAUCCCCCUCGCCCUGGUCUGCAUCGUGGCCAACGCCCUCCUGCUGGUGCCCAAUGGAGAGACCUGCUGGACUGGACACCUCAGCCUCCACGUCUGGCUCAUGGCCGGCUUCCUCGGCGGGGGCCUGAUGGUAUUGUGUACAGGAAUUACAGCUGUUCGGGCAGGGGGUAAGGGCUGCUGUGGAGCGGGCUGCUGUGGAAAUCGCUGCAGGAUGCUGCGCUCCAUCUUCUCCUCGGCGUUCGGAGUGUUUGGCGCCAUCUACUGUCUCGGGGUAUCCGGAGCCGGGCUCCAAAUUGGACCCAAAUGCUUAACCAACCUCACGUGGGAAUAUCCCUUCAAAGAACUCUCGGGGACUUACCUGGUCAAUGAAACUCUGUGGAGUUGGUGUCUGCAGCCGCCUCGCGUGGUCGCCUGGAAUGUGACGCUCUUCUCGCUGCUCGUGGCUGCCUCGUGCCUGGAGUUGGCUCUGUGCGGGGUGCAGCUGGUGAACGCGGUCGUUGGUGUCUUCUGUGGCGAUUGCAGGAAGAAGGAGGGCGCCCCUCGCUGAGGCUCGGCUGAACGCCCCAUUGCACCUGAUGGCUCCUGGACGCUCUUCUGGCCUGUCUCCCACUUCCUGGCUCCUGGCUAGCCGGAAUAAACUGCUUUGAGCUCUU